UCCUCGUCGCUGUCCAUGGCGCGCGGCCGCGGCCAGGCCGUGUUUCCGCGGCUGCGCCCCGCCCGGAGCCGCCGCCGCCGCCGCCGCCGCCAUGGACAGCGACGAGGAGACGCUGGAGGAGACCGUGGAAGGGCAUCUAGAUGAUGAUGGGCUGCCACAUGGAUUCUGUACAGUCACCUAUUCAUCGACAGACAGAUUUGAGGGAAACUUUGUGCAUGGAGAGAAGAACGGCCAUGGCAAGUUCUUCUUUUUUGAUGGAAGCACCCUGGAAGGGUACUACGUUGAUGAUGCCCUGCAAGGCCAGGGGAUUUACACUUACGAGGACAGAGUGGUCCUUCAUGGCACGUAUGUGGACGGAGAGCUGAAUGGGCCAGCCCAGGAGUACGACAGUGACGGGCGACUGAUAUUCAAAGGGCAGUAUAAGGACAACAUUCGACAUGGAGUUUGUUGGAUAUAUUACCCGGAUGGAGGCAGCCUUGUGGGAGAGGUGAAUGAAGAAGGAGAGAUGACUGGAGAGAAAAUAGCCUAUGUCUAUCCUGAUGGAAAGACUGCAUAUUCUGGAAGGUUCAUAGAUGGGGAAAUGAUAGAAGCAAAACUGGCAACUCUGACAUCUGUAGAGGAUGGGAAACCUCAGUUUGAAGUAGUACCAGGCAGCCCGGUAUACAGUUUUGACAAAUCUACUUCAUCCUGCAUUUCUACAAAUGCACUUCUUCCUGAUCCGUAUGAGUCAGAGAGGGUGUAUGUUGACGUCUCUCUCAUUUCCAGUGCUGGAGAAGGAUUAUUUUCGAAAAUAGCAGCAGAAGCUAGUACAGUUAUGUCCUUUUACAAUGGAGUGCGAAUUACACACCAGGAGGUAGACAGCAGAGACUGGGCCCUCAAUGGAAAUACAAUAUCCCUGGAUGACGAGACAGUCAUAGACGUGCCAGAGCCCUACAACCAUGCCGCCAAGUACUGUGCCUCACUGGGGCAUAAGGCCAACCAUUCUUUCACUCCGAACUGCAUCUAUGACCCGUUUGUUCACCCUCGUUUUGGGCCAAUCAAGUGUAUCCGUACCAUCAGGGCUGUGGAGAAGGAUGAAGAAUUAACAGUGGCUUAUGGAUACGAUCACAACCCCGUGGGGCAGAACGGGCCAGAAGCACCUGAGUGGUACCAGCUGGAACUGAAAGCUUUCCAGGCUGCCCAGCAAAAGUGAAGCGGGAGCUCCUCCUCAGUUCAGCAAACUCAAAUAGAAACUUGGAUCUAUGCACUACCUUUCUACUGAAAACUGGACAACCAGGGAUUGUUCAUGCUGUUGCAUCAUAACUUUGCAUUCUGUGUUAAGAGAUAAGUUUCUUGCAUACUAACUAGGUUUGACUGUGUUACUCAUAGCAGAUUUAAAAUUAGCUAGCGUUGCACCAGUCUUAUCUGGAGAAAUUAUUUAAUAUUCUAUACAAGACGUGAUAUUCUUUGGUAGCUUCUGCUUUUGCACCAUAUGCAAAGAUGCCAAAAGACUAGACAGAAAACUAAAAUGGGUAUAUCGUUCACUUUUAGUCGGCAGACUUAGUGUUGCUCUCUAUCUGCCUAGGCAUUAUUGUGCAACUGCAUUUUGCAUAUAUGCCACUUGUGAUGAUAACAGUAAUAUUUUGAUAUUCUCUAAUAGUAGCAUAAUUUUGCCUUUUUAAACCUUUGAUCUGAAUCUUGCAAUAGAGCAGUUUAUUAGCAUAUAGGAGGCUGGGUUUUAACUCCCCUUUCCUCUUGUCUGAACGUUGUUCUUUCUACAAAUCCUCUUUUGCAGGAGAAAAUCCUUUCUAACUAGUGGAAAGGCUUGUGUGUGUAUGUGAGAGUGCUGUGUGUUGGUCUCUGUGGCUCUCUAAAUAGUAUAGCAACAUGUCCAAACCUAAUAUUUAUCUAGCCUUUAUGGCUGGCUUGUUUUAUUUAAUUUAUGAUUACGACACGCAAAUGAAGCUGUUCUUUGCAUGAAGAUUUUCUGAAAGGAGAAAACGGAUUUACUUUUUGAAGGACUUUCAGAAGCAGGUGUUCUGGAAGGCAGACACAUGAACUGCAUUAGUGUCUGUGAGCUGGUGUAUGUAUUUCACCGGUUAAAGUGGCCGGUUCUCAAGGCAGAAAUUCUAGCAGUCAGACGCUUGCGUCUCACGUGGGUUCUCGUGAAGGAAGUGCAUGUAUUCGAGGGCAGGCUGUAGCACUUGGUUACGGAGCACUAUAUCCUUUGUAUGUGUUCAGCUGACAAAGAAUAUAGCCUUGUAGCAGUCUUCUAGCAGUACUAGUUUAAGACAGUGAAUUAAUACAGUAUGAGAUGUCAAAAUAAGAUUUAAGUAAAAGAGAAGAUUGUUUUUGGAAGACAAACAAUGAAUGUAAAAACAUCAGUCACUGCUCAUAUUUAGAAGCAGCAGUCAAUCCAUAGCUUUGUUACAGCCAACAGUGGGGGCUUGUGAAUAUUCAUCUGCAGGGUUGUGUUCUGGGGUUUUUCAGGGAUAGGAGAGUUGUUCAUUUUUCUGGAUACCGUACUGGUCUUGCCUAAUGCUGUAGAAGAGAGGAAUAAUAUAUCAUUUCAGUCUGGAUACUGGAGCCCCUUUGGGUCUAUGACACUCUUUUGGGUUUAGCAGCUUAGGAACAACUCAGAUGCAUUUGCAACUUUCUUUAAAUGUUUGUAGUUAAAACUGUUUGUAUAUAUGUAACAUAAACGACAUGGAAAUUAGACCUACCUUUCUAUUGCAACACGUUUGGUUGGUUGCUUGAACAGUUGGAGGUGUCUGGCUGUCAAGGGAGCUGGAUGGGGGGAGCGCGUUGGGCUGGUAGCUAGAGGUGGAAGGAGGAGGCUGCUGCUUUGUGUGGCCUGAGGAUCUUUGCUUUGGUACAUGUACAAAGUUAGGAAUCGUACUAGGCUUGGGGGCUCUCUGACGCUCUUCCAGCAGUGAUCUGAGAGCUGUGACACAGCCCAUCAUCUCGCGCUGGAGACUCAUGCCACAGCUCCCCUUCUGGUCCAAGGCAGGUGGCUGGCAGAGGUGAUGUCUUGGGGACUUAGCUGAGCAUGCAGGGAGACAGGACUGGGCCUCCAGGUGAGGGAGACCUGUCAAAAGCCAAUUGGCAGCACAGCUUCAGCAAAUCAACCUCAGAAGGAAAUGUGUGUUUUGAUCUUUCUCUGCCUGCCCGCCUGCAGGUUAUUAUUUUAGGUCAUGGCAGUUUGAGCCAUUUGCAGAAAGGCAUGUCUCGCAGGCAGGAAGCUGUUGUGUGUGUCUUGUGGAUUAUUCUUCCACAACCAUAACAUCUAAAAAGUUAGGCUCGUGUUUAAGCGCAAGGAAGAGGAGAGGGAAGAUGCGUGGCUGAAUGCAGCUGAUUGGGUAGUAGCUCCUUCCACAUUAACCUGCUUUCCUUCUCAACAGCCUCCUUUGGGCUGCUCACCUCUUCCUGCCAGCUGGAGAACUGUGCUUAAAGUGUUCCGAUCUCUCAAGCUCCUCUGGCUGCAUUCCUGAUCGGGCUCUGAUUCCUCUGCUCUGCUCCUCUGAUUCCUCUCCUCUUCGUGUAGACUCGCUAAUUUUAAUAGAUUUGUCUGUCUUCAUAUUGUGUGAUUUGAGAGAGAGGUAGAAGAUGGGGUGCUCUUUGCACAUCGAGUUUGGUGACUGCAUCCUAAAAUAGGGAAUUCCUAGAAAAAAGGCACUCAGGUGUCCUUGGUAUGUUCUCAAAAGCCACUAAUUUGGUGACAGGCAGGCAGAUGCUCUUGCGUAUAUUUGUAGCCUGAUAGUUUGCUGCAGCUUUUGUCUGUUGGCUCUACUGUCUUUUUUCUCUCUGCUCUGUUAAAAUCCACUGGUCCUCCUAUAGAUCCCCUCUUCAGUGACCAACCUUCUAUAAAAGUUGUGGUUAUGAAGCUGCUUUGGCUUGAUUCAGGACCAAGCCUUUUAAUUUUUCUGUGUUUUGUUUCUCUUUGUGGUCUGUUAGAGCGGAGACGGUUGGGAUGGAUUUUACCAGUGGGUAGUGAAAGGGCUCAGAGCUCAGCGGGUCCUUCAGAGGUUUUGGGAGGUGUGCACUGGCAGCCACAGGUUUAAACACAGGUUAACUACGUAACUCCGAGUAAUGCCUUAAAUUGGUCCACGUGUUCUGCAGCUCAGCUUCUGGGGCUCUCUAGGCAGCGAGACCAGCUUAGCAGAACUACUUAACGGUAAUAACAUGAGACCCACACCAAAACUUGAUUGUAAUUCAGAGCAGACAUUUUGCAAAGCAAUCUUUUUGAGUUUGCUGAAUGCUGCUGACUAUUUGUGAAAAUGCAGUAAGAAAAGAAGCUCUGCUUCUCAGAGGCUGGCCCAAGACCUUUCCUAGUGGAACAGAAACUGGAAGAAGAGCUGACACCUGUCAGCUGAACCUGGAUGGCCAGCUGGAUCUUGCUGUACCCUUCUGGGGAGACAUGAGAGAACUUGCAGUUGCUGCUUUUUUCAGGUACAUGCCAGUUCCCAACUUCCACCCUUGGUUUGCAGGACUGCAAAUGGCUUCAGUGUAACAGGAGGGUUGUUGGCUGAGCACCUUUUUGAGAAGGAGCCCGUAUCAGCCUGUGUUAGAGACUGUUGACUGUAAAGAAAGCUUAAAUUGAUCUUCCUGCUAUGGCAGCACUGUGUUUUCUCACCAGGAACAGGGAAGCCUAGUUUUCUGGAGAAGCAGUUAAUCUUGGAGACGAGAGCAUGGGAAGUUACAGCUGAGAGCUACCUGCUGCUGGGUCAUGCCUCUGGGUAAGAGAAAAAAGGGCUUAGGCAUAGAGAAGGGGAUCUCAUGCCGAGUCUGCUGCUAUAAUGUGACUCUCUGGGAUCUACUAAAACACCUAAUUUUCUUUCACAAAUCUGAAAAGGCUUUUUUUCAAAUUUUUUGCUACUUUGAAAAAAAAAAAAGCCACCUUAUCCUACAGAAAUGAAGUCCUAACUGAUAAAAGAGUCAAAGAAGUACAUGGUUAUGUGGAACUUCAGCUGACAGAGUGAUAGCUCUGGUAGCUCUUUGGCUUUUUCUGCAGUUGAGACAACAGCUGUUGGAUGGCCCUUACUUUUUUCCAGGUGCAGCUCAAGCAUGGCAAUGGGUGAUUCACGCAGGUUUCGGCCGCUUGGGAGGCCUGUUGCGUGCCCUUGCAAAGCUGCUUGUUUCGGGAGCGACUUGAUAGCCAACUCUUUCGCUGAGCCUUUUCAGACGCGGAGCUCUUAGUGUUGCACACAGUCAGCAGUGGCUGUAGUUUCUUUCUCAGGGCUGUUGUAAUUCUUGGCUGGCGUGGAAGCAAGAGCACCUGUCAGGAUUUCUCGCCCUCUGCUAGGUGCUCGAGGAGCAGAGUAGCCAACGGCUGGUACAAGAAACCGAGAAGUGGUGCAGAUCCUCACUUGUCUGUUUCCUUCCCCUGGCUCUAAGCCACCGCAAGGCCUGUCUGCAGGUGGGUUGUCCCCAUCGUACCCAUCCUGCAGUCGAAACCAGGGCUCACCGCAUCGGUUGUGCCAGGAACUGUACAGCAUCAUCUCUGUCCCAGAGGCCUCUGUGAUUUUUAUCCUUUUGUUUGAAUUGACAGUACUUUGGAAAAUGCUUCAGUCGUGAUGAGGUAAUGAGUUGUACAGAGCUGGUUAUCUGCUGCUUUGAUUUCCUCUCACACAACAGAAUUUCAGAAGCUGUAGGUGUCUGAGGAACUCUCCUUCAAGCACUUAAAAAAAAAAUUGCUUUGAAAACAAUGUUGCUGAAGCGUCUCCUUAUAUGCUGGGAUGCUGCAUUAUACACCGCCUCCUCGCUUAUACCACGUUGUCAUAUGCUGAGAGUAUUUGGGUGAGGAGCGCAGGUGUGGGAGCAGCUUUACCUGUGGAUCUACGUGGGCUUCAUGCUCACCUGUGCCCCUGGGAGAACUUGUUCUUUUUGCUUUGUGUACUGGAAACAUGAUAACUAUAUUUUUGGAAUAAGAGUUUCUAAGCAGUCAUAUAAAGAAUUUUCUUUUGGUUUUAUUUUUUAAAAAAGGUGCAAGAUUGAGUGCAUGUUUACUUGCCCCAGAUCAAAGGUUUUGAACACUAAGGUCACUAUCUGUUGAAUGGACCCUCCUCUUGGCGCUCUUCUGUCUUCAGGCAAUUGAAGCUCCUGCCCUCUUUCUCUGCCAGUUCUACUGUAACUACUGUUUUUCUGUUUGUUUCCAGGAGAAUUAUAUAUACAAAAGUUCAAAGCAAUUAAAUGUUCAAGCCAUAAAAUCAUGAGUGUGGGAAGACCCUCUUCACAAGUUUUAACAUAUUUGUAUGUAAAAUGAUGUUUGUAUGAAAUAUUUUCAUGGUAGAAUGAAUAUUUAAAAAAAAUCCACUAAGAUCUAAACCAAAUUUAAAAGGAUGUCUUUUUUGUAAGAUGCAAGUGUAAUUGGUUACCAAUAAGUAGUUUUUUUUAAAGGGGAGAUGCAACAAACUAUUGCAAAUUAUAAUUGCAAAUGGUCGUUUCUGCUAUUUGGAAAGGUAUUUAUGCAGCAUUACUCACGGCUGUCAUAAAUCAUUGCAAUAGCAAGGCCAGUCACAUCUUCAGGACAUACCUCCCAGCUUGUCCCGUGGUGGUGUUGUACAAGCGGACCCAUCCCUACUUUCUGCGAUUUCCUCCUCCUUUUCCUACUGUAACUGUACCGAACUUAACUCUUGAGCUAAGAUCCAGACUAAAAUUGUGUGUUACUCAACAGUUUCUGCUGGGCCUUCUGCUAUUUUAAUACUCUUUAGCCCAUAAUUACUGGGUGUCUGUUCUGAAGAACUAAGUGCUAAAGAAUAAUCCUUGGGGUGAGCUUAUACACGCGUUAGCAGUUAACCCCGGAGUACUUAACUUGUAUACAGUACUUGAUAGGUGUUUUAUGACAUUUGUACUCGAACUAUGAGCCUUACUGAACAUCUGGAGGUUUAUUCAUGACUUUUAAAAAAUGGAUAACUCUAAGAAAGAUGUUUACAUGAAUGGUGAUUGCCCUUCCUUUGAUGUUAUGAAUGAGGUUUUUAUAGUGUGUUUGGGUGUAUGUGCAAGGAAGCAAGAAAAAAAAAAAAAACGUUUCUGGGGAAAAAAAUAGACUUGACAAACAUUUGUAAUAAGUGAAUUUUAAAGAUCGCUUUAAUUGCGCUACGAAGGCAAUGCAGAUAUUAAAAUAUUCAACAGAA